AUGUUUAUCAAAGUCAAAUUGCCAGGGAGUGUCACGAUUCCGGCUGAAGAUAUGGACAAAGGCCUCAUUCUCCAGAGAGCUAUUCUCAUUCGCCUACUAAAUGCCUUUGCUUCCAAGAAAGCAACCAACGAUCUCGGCUACUUCAUAGCACUCACAACUCUAGAGGAAAUCGGCGAGGGGAAAAUCAGGGAACACACGGGCGAAAUUCUCUUCCCAGUUGUUUUCAGUGGAAUCACGUUCAAGCUCUUCAGAGGAGAGAUUACUCGCGGUGUGGUGCACAAGGUGUUCAAGUCCGGUGUCUUAUUGAGAUGUGGCCCUUGUGAAAACAUUUACCUAUCCAACUUGAAGAUGACCGGUUACAAGUACAUUCCUGGAGAGAGCCCGAUCUUUGUGAAUGAGAACAUGUCUCGGAUUCAGAUCGAUUCCACAGUUCGUUUCAUUGUGAUAGCUACCGAGUGGAAAGAGGCAGAGAGAGAGUUCUUUGCUUUGGCUAGCAUUGAAGGAGAUUAUCUUGGCCCAGUCUAA